CAACUCGUGUCCUAUACUUGGGCUUACCGCUUACACUUCUUCAGCUUUGUUCUAGACUUUCUAAUAAGCCAUCUAGGAUUCUAGGUUACGGAGUAUACUCCAUUAUUUUUCUAUCCUCCAAUAUUAAAAAUAAUUAAACGAAUUAUUCAAAAAAAAGAAAAACAACAUUAAAAUUCCAGAAUCCCUGUUAAACCCUCUUUCACUCCUCUCCUCCAUACUACCAGCCACCAUCUGCAAAACCCUAGGAGAGAGAAAAUCUCCACCUUUUCUCUCAUCAAUGGCGUCCGAGGCAAUCACUGAACCAGAAACCGCCACUGCAACAACCGAGGACAUGGAACUCGAGAACCCGCAGCCCGGCCCGAAGGAUGAUGCGAAGAGAGCGAGAGAAGAGGCGGAUGAUGCCGAGGUGAAUGCGAAGAAGCAGAAGGUUGAGGAGGAGAAGUCUGUAGAAGAAGAGAGGAUGGAGAAGUUGGAAGAAGAUGGAGAGGGGAAACCCGAACCCGAAGGCCCGGUUGUUCUCGGGCCCAAAACAUUCGGGUCGUCUGUUGAGAUGUUUGAUUACUUUUAUAAGUUGCUGCAUCAUUGGCCUACGAAUAUCAAUUUUAACAAGUAUGAGCAUUUGGUGCUGCAGGAGCUGAUAAACAAGGGCCAUCCAGAGCCAGUGAAGAAGAUUGGUUCAGGAAUUAAUGCUUUUGAAAUUCGCCAACAUCCAGAGUGGAAAAGUCGCUGUUUCUUUGUCAUAAGAGCUGAUGAAUCUGUAGAAGACUUUAGUUUCAGGAAGUGUGUGGAUCACAUUCUGCCUUUGCCAGAAAAUAUGAAGAUUAAAACUGAUGUGAACAAGGCAUUGGGUGGUGGUAAAGGUAGUGGUGGUGGAGGAAGAGGGGGUGGGCGUGGUCGUGGUAGGGGAAGAGGUGGGGGAAGAGGGGGUGGCAAGUUUAGAAGGUGAAAGCUGACCUAAGUUAACUUAGAGCUUGUAAGAGUAUUAAUGCCAGAUAUGCAGGUGCUACUAUGCCUAUUUUGUUGCACCAAAUCUAUGUAAUAUCAAGUUUUGGCUACAAUUUUAUGAAUAACUCCUUCCUUUUAGGUUAUUAA